AUGGGUCGCGACGAAUUCCCCUCGUCAGGACACGGUCGGCGCGACUCGGACUUGCCUUCAUAUCCGCCGAAAGAUUCUCACUUCCUGACGAGUCCACCCAGCGGAGGCAAGAAGAUCAUAUUUGGGACAGUGGCCCUCAUCGUGGUUCUCAUGUUGGGACUGGCAAGUUUGGCACUGGGCUUGGUGCUCGCCCACGAGGUGAAAGAGCCCUCAGCGACGGCGAACAAUGCCCUGGCAAAUCGAGGAACGAAACUCGACAGCGAUGCUUACUAUGUCAACUUCAAUCCGACAACUCUUGUGACGAUUGCUUCAUGGUCCAGCACUGUAGCACCUCUACUCACCGUUUGCGCCAUGACACUCGUGUCUUUUCCCAUCGCCAAACAACUGAAGGAGCACUCGCAAAUAGCAGACCGAGACUUACCGACGCCGUACCAAUUCGGCAUGCUCUUGGAAUCCAUGACAGGCGGUAUCACCCCUUUGUUGAACUUGGUGGCAUAUCGGAGUUGGCCGAACAAGGAGAAGAUGGCUUCCAGCGUGCGUAAUGCGCUGAUCCUUUUGACUCUGUUUACAGUUCUAGGAUACACCAUCGCAGCCGUCGAUACAUGGCUGCACUUGGUGAUCGAAGCAAUCAAUAUCGAAAUAGUCGAGCCACAAUCCCCCAUCAUGGCUCUUGGACGCGGUCUGCCGGAUGGUCCUUGUUCGACGCAAUCAUCAGCUAGUUUUAAUGCGGGCGACUGCAUCAUCAGCGAUCAAGGGAAAGUGUUCCUUGUCGGAGCAAACGAAGCCGCUCGAGUCAUGUCCAAUACAUCGAGCACCAACGCAGUCUAUGAUGUCCUCAUCAACAACAUGCGCAUGGCCUAUUUGGGGCCGGCUGAUAACCCUGAUGGACUCGAUUACAGGGCAGAAUCCCUUGCCAUGCACACCACCUGCACCCAAAUCGGUCGCCAAUGCGGCCUCCAUGCUGAGACCGGAGAGUUGGAGCCUUUCACAUGCACAGACGCCUUCUAUGGGAAUCUGGCUGUGCCCAGUAUCAACGGCGAAGAGAACGAUGUUGUGACUGGACUUCCUUUUCGGAGUGCUGGCAUUGUAUUCUUCCGCAAUGCGGCACUGACGGAUCUAGCAAACGCUUCAUCAGAGUCUGGGAACGAAACUUACCUCAUGCGACCGAGCAAUCCUCACCACAUUGGAGUUUGGGCUCACGUCGAACUGCCCGCCACCGGUGACCAGACUGCAGACGGCAAUGUUGUUGUCCCAAGCCAGGGUGGCACUAGCUGGCUUCUGAAUUGCACUGCCACUGCGUAUCAGAUCAGUUACGACUUCCUCAAUGGAAGCGUACAACAUGCAACCGCGGAAAUGGCGAAUGGCUCUGUGGGGACAAUCCUCAACGCGGGAAACUACUAUGGCUUCGGCAAGGUUGCGCUAGAAACGGCUGCAUAUUCGGCGUCACAGUACAACGACACAGAACAGAUGGCAGAUUCGUGGGCACAGGCUUACUCGAGAGCCGCUUUGGCCCUGAGUUCUGGCAUUAUGAGUGGCAGAGCUGACCUGGAAGAGCAACAGCGAAGCACAAAGUUGGUUGCGAGAGUUCCCAAGGCACCUCUGUACGCUCUCGUGGGGUUGAAUUCACUGUAUGCUGCCGUAGGCGUAUUGCUAGCCAUCAUAGCACUGCGUUCACACCCAAAAGACUCAAAUGGAAUACGGGAGCGAUUGAGUACUUCCGGGUUGGUGGCGGCUCAUUUUGAAGGCGAGAGAGCGGAGCAGGCAGUUGGCAAAAAGCGUGAAAUGUUUGGCGAGUACGAAGGUGUGAGUACAGGCAGAGUGGGGAUUGAACAGAGCAAACAUGGCGGAUAUGCAUUCAGGUUGAGGCAGGGAAUCCAAGGGAGAGUGGACUGA